AUGCCUAGCUUCAACAGAUUUAACAGCAAUUUGCCCUUUGGAAAAUCCAAGAAGGAUAGAAAAGCCAACUCGUUUCCUCUUCGACUCACAUUUACGGAGCAACCGCAAUCCGACGACUACAUAAUCCGAAGUUUCGACGGCCUCUACUCCAAGACCGUCCGUGUUUGGAAUGGCGGUGACUGGAACGACAAAGUCAUGAAUGGCGCCACAGGCACCUUGUUCGAAUCGUCCCACCACGUGCCAGGGGAAAGUGCCAAGAGCCGGAAGGCUUUCAAAGAUGGCAAGUUCGGAUUUUGCCUAGAGUGGAUCGACUUUGAGUACGGAGGGAAUGUGUAUCGUGUCCGCUGCAUGAACGAGUUUUCUGUAAAGUCGCCGCAAUGUACAGACCACCCAAAGGCAGUUUUCAAAGACGGGCCACACAGAGUUUAUGAUCUUAUAAACUGGGGCGAGACGGUCACGUGGGGUAUGAUCAAAGAUACCGAAGCCGAAGAGGUUCUGUUGACAGACGAUCAACUCAAGUCGAGGGUCCUGAAUGAGCUGACAGAUAUCGAAGCCAAGAUAGAUGAGGCUUACCAGAGCGGUAAGGAUUCCAGAGAGCUGGAGAACAGGCAUUCUGCCUUGCAGAGAGCCAUCAGUAAUAAGACCUACUUGCUUAAGGACCGAUCAAACGCGAUCGACACCAGUUCCGAAGUACCUGUAUCUGGCUCCAUCUACAGUUCCCGGAAGACUGUCAGUAAUUCAGCACCAGGCAAUGCAGCUCUCGACGCCAAGGCCAAGCGCAACCCGAACGGCAAGAAGAAGGGCAAGACUGGUUACAUCAAAGACCUUACCAAAGGCCUUCACACAGUCAACGAGUAG